ACCAGAAAGAGCAGAGGAGCUUCCUAGGGGCUCGGAAGGAUUACUGGGACUUCCUGAUCACUGCUCUGAGACCGCAUCGGGGAUACACGGAGCAGACCAACUUUGUGUGCUCACAGAACAAGCUGAAGACCUCUCUGGGAAAGGGUCGAGCCUUUAUCCGACUCUGCCUCGCCCGUGGACAGCUGGCUGAGUCAAUACAGCUGUGUCUCCUGAGCCCAGAUCUCACCAGGGAAUGGUAUGGGCCCCGGAGCCCUCUGUUGUGCCCUGAGCUCCAGGAAGACAUCUUGGACUCUCUCUACGCCCUCAAUGGAGUUACCUUCAACCUGGAUUUGCAGCGGCCAGACCUGGAUGAAGCCUGGCCCAUGUUCUCAGAGUCCCGCUGCUCCAAUCCCAGCCAGACCCAAGAAAGAAGACUCAGAAAGCCCAAAGCUUUCCCAAAGGAGGUGAGAUUCUCCAGAGAUCAGCUACAGGGACCAGACACCCGUGGAACCAGCUCUCUGCAAGAUGCACCUGCGCCCAGAGAAGACCGCCAAUCUGACCUUCCUACCCCUAUGCAGCAGGGCCAUCUUCCCAACUUUUUGGAAAAGAAGAAAGGGGAUUCCAGGAGCCUCACUUGUCCCCAGAGCAUUUGGGAAACAGAAGGGGAGGGAAUUCAGCUACGCCUGAAGGAGGGAGGUCCAAAAACCAGGAAACCCCUGGAGAAUUCAGCAACCAGCGGCCAGCAACAGAGGGAGGGGGCUAAGGAGGCUCAAAAGGAGGUGACAGGAAUGGAAGAUGAAGGCAAAGGAAGUCUCCCCGUGACACAAGGUCAGAGAAUAACAGAAGGGACCCAGGAAAAGGCAGCAGAUUGGGACCAUGACCAAGGGCAGCUGGCUCCCAGCCUUCAAGAAAGGGUAAAAGACACAGCAUUAGGGAACAGGCAGGGGUGGAGUCAGCAUAGUGUUCUGGGGCAGCCCAGGGUCCUGCAAGGCCUAGAAAUAAAGAAAGGGUCUACCACAGAGAAACCACAAGAGUGGGCAGGAGUGACCAGUGUGACCAAACAGGAGGAUCAAGCAGAAGUACCCAUGCAGGAGGUGGUCAAGAAACCCCCGUAUGAGCUCCAGCUAGCAAAGGAACAGGCCCAGCGCCAGGAGCAACUGCUGCGGGCACAGGAAGAAGAGUUGCAGGCGCUCCAGGAGCAGCUCAGCAGGUGUCAGGCCGAAAGAUCCCAGCUUCAAGUGAUACUGGAACAGGAGCGGCAGGAGGCCGAGAGGAGAGAUGCCAUGUACGAGAAGGAGCUGGAAGGGCAGAAGGACCUGGUCCGGGCCAUGAAAAUGAGGGUGUUGGAACUGAUUCGGACUGAGUUUACUUCAAAAAUGGGAGAAAUCAGGGUGGAUAAUUUCAGCCUUGACUAUUUCUUCAGUGGAGAUAUUGAUAGCUACAAUUAUAGCUCUGACCUGCCUCCCACUCUACAAGGUGCUGCCCCAUGCCACCCAGAGAACCUAGAAAUCAACAGAUAUGCUGUGGUUGUAAUAUAUGUCCUGGUAACCCUGCUGAGCCUCCUGGGAAACUCUCUGGUGAUGCUGGUCAUCUUAUACAACCGGAGUACCUGCUCUGUCACUGAUGUCUACCUGCUGAACCUAGCCAUUGCCGACCUGCUGUUUGCCUUGACCUUGCCUGUCUGGGCUGCAUCCAAGGUAAAGGGCUGGAUUUUUGGUUCAGCCAUGUGCAAGAUAUUCUCAUUUGUGAAGGAAGUUACCUUCUACAGUAGUGUCCUGCUACUAGCCUGCAUCAGUAUGGACCGCUACCUGGCCAUUGUCCAUGCCACAAGCACGCUGAUCCAGAAGAGACAUUUGGUCAAAUUUGUAUGCAUAACCAUGUGGGUACUGUCAGUAUUGGUGUCCCUGCCCAUCUUAAUUCUUCGUAAUAUCGUCAAGGCAAACUCUCUUACUCUAGUCUGCUAUGAGGAUGUAGGUAACGACACAACCAAGUGGAGGAUGGUAUUACGCUUCCUGCCUCAGAUCAUUGGCUUCCUCCUGCCACUGCUGAUCAUGUUGUUCUGCUAUGGGUUCACACUGCGCACACUCUUCAAGGCCCACAUGGGACAGAAACACCGGGCCAUGCGGGUCAUCUUUGCUGUUGUGCUUGUCUUCCUGCUCUGCUGGCUGCCCUACAACCUGGUCCUGUUCUCAGACACCCUUAUGAGGACCAAAAAGAUUCAGGAGACCUGCAAGCGCCGCAAUGACAUUGACAUGGCCUUGAAUGCCACUGAGAUCCUUGGCUUCCUCCACAGCUGCCUUAACCCCAUCAUCUAUGCAUUUAUUGGCCAGAAGUUUCGCUAUGGACUCCUCAAGAUCAUGGCUACUUAUGGCAUUGUCAGCAAGGAGUUCUUAGCCAAGGAGGGCAGGCCUUCCUUUGUUGGCUCUUCUUCGGGGAACACCUCCACUACCCUCUAAGACUGUCCACAUAAGCUAUGUCCCUUCAGGAUUCAUUCUUGUCCUUCAGGAUGGCUCAUGUCCACAGACUGUGGUAUCUGAAUUGAUGCACCACAGUUACAGGGAGACAGAGGCCACAUUCUUCCCAGAGCCCCCCGCUGCAGAGUUUAGAACCCUUACCCUGGCUGUUCACCCCCUUCCAUAUUGGUAUGCCUACUGAUAGAGUUGGUCCAUCCUAACACUGGACCCCAAAUACUCUUUUCUAAGAAGCAUAAAUUAAAAUUAUAGUGAGAUACUUCCUUCUAUCCAUCAGAAUCCUCAUCAGUGAGAGGAAGAGGUAGAGGAGAGAAAAUAGCAAGUGUCAUAAGGAAGUAGAGAAAGGGAAAGUUUUCACCUUACUGGUAGACCUGUACAUGCCCCACGCACAGUGAGACAGAGCGUGCCAUUAUCCUUAAAGCGUUAAAUAUAGAACUACCACAUAACCCAGCAAGUCCAUCUCUAAGUAGGUACCCAAAAGAAUUGAAAGCAAGGGCUCAGACAUUUGCAAGCUGAUGUUAACAUCAGCACUAUUCAUAAGAGUCAAAGGUCAAAACAACCAAAAUAAUGGCCAACAGAUGAAUGGGUAAGUUAAACAUGGUGUGUGCACACAAUGGGAGACUACCCCACAAUAAGAAGGAAUAAGAAGCUGACCCAUGUUGUCACACAAGUGAGCCUUGAAAGCAUGCUUCCAAGUGGAAUAGACAAGGCCCCAAAGACUAACCUUGUAUGUUAACACUUAGGAAGUUUCAAGAAUAAUCGGGUAGUGGUGACUAAGGCUGGACGAUGGAGGGUGGGACAUCAGAGUUUAGUGGUAUAGCUCUAGUUUGGGAUUAUGGAAGAGUCCUGAAGGUAGACCCUGACUAUUGUGCAGUAGUGUGAAAAGUACCCAUUGCCAUUGCAUUUAAAAAAAUUAAAAUAAGGGCUAGGUAUUGUUUACUGGUGGAGGGCUGACUUAACGUUUCUGAGAACUCAGGCUGGAAACCUAUCACCUCAACAAGUGAAAAGCAAAAGCUAAAAUGGCAAUUUUUGUUAUGUAUAUUUUAACUCAGUAUAUAUAUAUAUAUAUAUAUAUAUAUAUAUAAAAUCUAAGUCUAAAAAGGUGCUUUAACCAAUGAACCAAUGCAAAACUAUCUACCUUAUAAUUUCUUAUAAAGUGUGAUCAUUAAAUGUCUUUUUAAAA